AAAUUUGUUUGAAAUACGUAUGUACUUUUAUAUUAUUUUACAUAAUUUUCUAAUUUUUAUCAAAAAACUUGUAGACAAAUAAUUAUUGUUUAUUUGAAACAAAAAUUAGAAAUGGCUACUAAAAAUGAAGAAUUUACAAAAAGUUCUUUCGCUUCAUUCUGUACAAGUAACAUUUAUAUUCCGCAACAGUUAAUAGAAGCAAAUGAAUUAUUAAAGUCAGUUAGUAGAAGAUUAGAAGAUUGCGCUUUGGAAUGGCAAGCAAAAAUUUCUCAUAAACAGUGGAAAAUCUUCAACUCUAAAGCAAUCGAAGGCAAUUUAUCUGAACAUUCCUUAUUAGCAAGAACAUAUUUUAGUGAAAAACAUCUCGAUGAAAUAUUUCAAUAUUUACUUACUUAUAAUAAAAUAUUCUCAGAAUAUUUAAAAACUUUUAUUGAUCUCUUACAAGGUGAAUUAUCCAAUCUAACUUCUGACAAUAUGUACAAUAUACAAACUCAAUGUAAUGCACAACAAUGCAAAAUGUUAAGCGGCGUUAAUAUAGAAACCAGUGCAUCUAUCUACAUUGAAAAAUAAAUAUCUAAAUGAAACGAGGAAAGUUCCAAAUUAUAUUAAUGAUAUAUUGACAGUUCAAAAUUCAUUUACUGAUGUAGUUUCAGCAAAAGAUAAUUUUGAUAGAAAAUUUUUAGGAUUCGAAGCUAUAUUGCAUAAAAUCACAUCUGCCCCAACUGAUGCAUCAUCAUUAUUGGUCUAAUAUAACGGUAAAUGAAGUUUUAUUAAUAUUCUUACAAUGCAGUUAAAUGAUAAAUAUAAUUGUGUACCUUAGAGAAGUACAUCUACUAAAAACAAUUUGGAAACGCCACUAUCAACUAAAGAAAUCGAACAGUUAGAAAAGUUAAAUAUUUAACUAGAUCUAGCAAAUUAUUUAAAAAACGAGAUCCGAAGAAAUCAACUCUAUUAAUUGAUAACAUGGAUGAUCGAUUAUUAUUUAAUACCCAAACACAAGACUUUAUUAAUUAAAUUUAA